AAUGGCCAGCGCCUCCAGUACAACCCCCAUAUCAAACGAAGAACGAAGAUGGGUUGUCAUUGGUGUAUGUUUGACCAAAGUGCUCACUCCUGCAUUGAGAAAUGUUCUUGCAACCGAAAUGCCAAAGUGGCAUCAAGUUUUAUGUCAACCACCGACCGAAAUCGACAAACAAGUUUCUGUUGGACACCAGAAAAAGUUACACCCGUCAACUUUGAACCUCAACUAUAAAAGUAUCAACAACAAUGAUGCCCUUAGAUCACCUAGUGCAUUUGAUUAUGCAGUUAAGGAUCCAUUGUCUUUGGCAAAGUUGUUUGUUAAACCAUUCAUGUCCAAGUUCACUGGCUUUGACGUAACAAUGGAUACAUCUGCAGUCUUAUCAGUGAUUUGUGAAGCUGCCCCAUUUGUAGGAGCUGCUGCUCAUGCAAAGACAGUUCGAUCAGAUAUCAGAAACGAGUGGGCACAUUGCAACUUUGCAGAAUGGACGGAACCAAAUUUUUUUGAUGCUUUUCAAAAUAUGGAAACUUUACUGAAGAAUGUGAAUUUGUCACCUAAUGAUGAACAGAAAUUGUGUGAUGAACUCAACAGCUGGAAAAGUAAAGGUAAUGAAAUUUUAUGCCCACAGACAUGGGAGUAUUCUACAGUAGAUGUUGAGUAUUUCGGACUGUAUCCAAGUGGAUACUAUAACAUUUGUCUCGAGCAUUCAACUUUGGAUUCAGCAUCCCAGAUUUGCUUUUGAAUAGUUUACCAAAGCAGAGUAAAAUAUAUUAUCCAUUGUGAAUCUGACUGAUCAAAUGAUGCUUCUCAAUUUUCACAGCCUCACUCGUCCACAGGCGCAAUACAAAAUGUUUACAUGAAUUAUUUUCAUGGCGUUUAUAGUCACAAUUUGUUUACAUACACCCAUUGCUCUUUGCGCGCUUGUAAGCACCUCCAGAAUGCUUCAUAUAUUUGUUAUACUGUAUAGUACCUGAGGACGAGGCAGCAGUUUCUCAGCAUUCUACAAGGAUUCGGACGGAAACAUGUACUAAUUUUUGAUCCAGGCCAAAAAAAGUAAAUUUCCGUAAAGAACUAAUUAAAAUUAGUAAGAUUGCAAAAUUUGGUUACGAAAUGUUGUAAGAUACGGAAAAUACUGUAUAGCCUUGCGAAGUUUGCAUAUUUUGUAUAUGUUUGUAUUACGUGCGGAAACGUUACCAUUUUGAGCCCAUACAAACAUAUACAAAAUUUGCAAACUUUGCAUGCAAGGCUACAUUUUGCAAGAUUUAUAUCAUUUCGCAACCAAAUUUUGCAAUUUUACUAAUUUCAUUAUGAUGUUUGCGAUGUUACUCUGAGUUUAUAUCCACACCGGGCAAACCUACGACCUUUGGAAUACUAGCCCAAUGCUCUGCCAACUGAGCUACGUGGUCAGGUCGGUUCGAGUAUGUGAUAUGUCAGAACUGAGUCUAGUAAAUUAAUUUCAUCAAUAUCAAUGUAAUCUAAUAAUUGAUUAUUUGAUUACAUUGAUUAUAAUCAUGAUUAUUAGAUUACAUUGAUUAUGAUCAUGAUUGUUAAAUUACAUUGAUAUCGAUGGAACUAGACUCAGUUCUGAAAUAUCACAUACUCGAACCGACCUGACCGCGUAGCUAGCUCAGUUGGAAGAGCGUUGGGCUAGUAUUCCAAAGGUCGUAGGUUCGAUUCCCACCGUGGCCAGGCAUGUUUUUCAAGCUUGCCCGGUGUGGAUAUACACUCAGAGUAACAUCACAAACAUCAUAUUCACCUGAGUGCACAACACCAACAAAGCAAAUCAUAAUUUCAUUAUGUUCUUUUUAGCUGUGGUGUUUGAUUCCCUUUCUUUACUUAGAUUAAAAUUUAGUCUAACAUGAAAGUUGUCCAUUAUUAAGGUGGUGUUGGGAGCUACUCCAAGUGUCGUACCAUACCGGACAAGUAGAGAAAACUGCAGUACCAAUGGCUCGGCUGGGAUUCGAACUCACGACCAUUGGUUUACUAGUCCGAUACUCUGCCGACUGAGUUACAGGUCAUUUCAAGGGUGUUUGAUAUUUCAAAACUGGGUUUAGUUUCUUCGAUAUCGAGACAUUUACUCAUGUGGGUAUUAAGAUGGUGUCGGGAGUUUCGAAAUAUCAAAAACCCUUAGAAUACAAUCUUUCAACAACCUGUUCCCAACUUGACCAGUACCUCGCCUCAGUCGGUAGAGCAUCGGACUAGUAAACCGAAGGUCGUGGGUUCGAUUCUCAGCCGGGCCAAAUAGAGUUUUCGUCUAAUUGUCCAGUAUGGUUCGUCACUCGGAGUUAGCUCCCAGCACCAGCUUUAAUACCCACUCGUCGGAGAUCACUAUAUUCCACAACAGUUGAUACAUUGCCAUUCUUCAAAAGUUUUGAAUGCUUAAAUCUUUCACAACAUUUUUAAAAUACAUUUUUUGCAAAACCGCGAAAAAAGUGGAGUGAAAAGUCCAUCAAUAAUCGCAGACGCAUGGCUAUGAUCCAAGGUUUCGUGGGUGGAUCUUCCACUAAAGUAAAAAGUAUGGCGAUAUAUUGAAUUUGAAAAAGACCAUCAAUCCGGUCAAGGCCCAAGAAUUGCUAAAAGGGACGAGCAGCUAAACACUAUAUUUGUUUUCGCUUCAAAACAAAGGAUUAGGGGAAAUAUAUUGCAGAAAAUCGUAAAACACCAGCAAAGUUUGUUUUACAUAUUAAUAUAUUGAAUUUUUACUUUACUGAAAAACAAUAUAUAGCGUAGUCACUAUUCAGUGUAUUUUCAUUAAUACCCUAUUUUUAUUAGUAUAUUAUUAAAAACCUUAAAUAGUUCGUACUGUAUAUAGUAAUUAUUUUUAUGAAUGAGAGAUUGAGAGAAUCAUAACUUGAACUGAGUGUUAGUUCAAACUUAAAGUUUACCAAUAAAACGCAGUUCAGUUUGAUGAACAUUUCAAAACGUUUUACAAAACAUCUAAGCCUGAAUUAAUUUAAUUAAUUAAAAUUUAAAUUUCAGCUUAUACGCGUAAUAACAUAUUAUACAUUUUGGAAAUUGAUGAUUUUGUAAUUAGAAGUAAUAGUCUUUUAAUUGUUAAUACAAUUUUGCACAGAAAAUAUAAAAAUGAUCGUGUUACCAUGACGACUACUGCUGCUGUUGACACUUCGUGCUUGAAAAAUAUAGUGGUUUGGUUAGCAAGGCAACAGGUUCUGCAUGCAUGUAUUUCUAGUGUAGGACCGGAAUUACAGCAAUCCAGCCAUAUUUUCGCCUCAUGUCUGAGAUUGCCACGACUGAGUGGUGAAAGGAAAUUAGGGUGGAACAUACUCAGCUAAUCCCCCAAUACUUUCUUCAACCCUUCAAGCGGCAAUGCGCUCUGAUGCGCCCUAGUUUAGUAUUCUACUCCUUUUAACGCCAGGGGCCGGUUGUACGAAGGCCGAAUAGUGCUAUCCACCGGAUAGUGAUAUUUUCGUAGUAAGUUAAUUUUUUUAUAAGUUAAAUGUUUUUUAUACUUCUUGUCUCGUCUAUAUCCGCAGUUUCACAGUUUUACAAGCAUUUUACAAAGGUUGAAAAAAUCACUAUCCGGUGGAUAGCGCUAUCCGACCUUCGUACAACCGGCCCCAGGUCGUCAAAGGCAGAAUACUGCCACUCAAUGGGUUACUCAGACUAUGUGCUUAUGCACCCUGUUAACCCUUUAUGUGGUAAUGCGCCCUGAUGCACCCUACUUUAUUAUUUGACCCUGUCGAACGCCAGACGGUUUUGUUCGUCAUGGGGAGAUUGCUGCCACUUAAUGGAUAAGUUUCUUUGAAAGACUCAAAGCCACAGUAUGUAGGUUGAAAUUAGUAGCAGCAAAAGAGUUGGCAGCCUAAAUGUACAUCCCUAACGUGCGGCAAGGUGUCCACCACUGGUUGAAAGCUAACUGAGUUGGCCACCACAGAUAACAAUAACAUCUUUGUUCAAGUUUGAAGAAAGAAAGCGCAUUUUCCUAUUAGAAGUGUACAUAAAAAAUGAAUAAAGAGGGAUGGACAUGCUGUGGGGAACGGCAGGUUUGAUCCCGUUCAAUACGAUCCCACAAGAUCACAAAUUCACUCGCAGUUUAGUAAUAAACAUACAAUUUUAUUUUACAAGGAUCAAGCUCUCGCUUUCUUGGCUCACAAUCUCACAAAAUAGAAAACAUGCACAAUCCCUUAUCUUUUAACACAACAAAUAAAGAUUAUAUGAGUUCAAUUAACUAUAAUGACGCAGUUUGUAUAAUGGGAUCUAGAUGAACAGUACACGAUAACACCUAGCGUAAGGCAAUUUCCGACAAUGCUAAUGAUUAUUGUUUGUUUUAAAUUUUUUCUUUGAUACUUUUAUGUCAAUUGUAAAAAACGUGCUGUCAAUUCUGUCGUAUUUCAAGUAAAUUAAAAGCUAAGCAAUCAUCUUUAGUUCAAGAGUAAAGUCUAGUUUUAAGCAGAGUAAGAUAAUAAAGCGGGGCGCAAUGGGUCGCAUUGCCACUUUGAGAGUUAAUUUUGUACUAACGGUAACAACCGCGUAAAAGAAUUAGUGAAUUAAAAUCCGCUGUAAAAACUAACAAGUUGUUACACACCCAGAGUUACACACCUAUAAUUUAAUAGAAGUACAAAUCCAAAAGAUUGCGCUCAGUACUUGGUCACUGUAAACUGAUAUAUCAUCAUCACUGUAAACAGAUAUAUUUACUGGAUACAAUUUAUAAUAAAAUAAUUUAUAGAAAUUGAAAGGAUUGUACGACAAUUUUAAUAAAGUAAUGUAAAUACAGGAAGUUUACAUUCUGCACGUGUUUUACAGUACGCGAUUUUCAUAACUACAAGUAUUUCCACUUUAUUUCAGGGUUCCAAUUGUGUUUUGGUCAAGCUGUCGACAAUCAAAUCUUAAAUUUACUUAGAAGUGAAGUAGAUGAACUUCGUGAAGCGGUCAAGACAUGGAGUUUAAACGACGAAAAGGUUUGCGAAUUCUUUCAUUUUACGUUGUAUAGUUGUCCGCUGAGAGUCUGGGAAAUAUUUUUAUUACCACCUCCAAAAAAUAAUCACGCAACUGAAGUUUAAUUAAGGAAAUGGUGCGUCACCUACAGUAUACCCAGCUUUCGUUGAUAGGGAUGCAACUACGUGAAAAAUAUCGAUGCGAAGGCCCUUCGUCGUGGAAUUAGUUGCCCUCGAAUUUCUCCUUAUAUUUCUCAGCUAGUUUCUUCCCUACCAACGAAAGCUUUAUUAUUAUUGGCACGACCUACACUGGCACAGACACUUCACUUAUACCCAGGGACGUAGCGAAAUUUUACGUUUCCCGGAAGUAGUGUUUUAAAUUCAGUGUGGUGUUUUCAUCAGUAAGUCAGUGGCGAGGCUGAGGAAAUUUAAGUAUUCAUGUUCUAAGACCCGCACAACCUGGGGUGGUUCGGGGCAAGCUGCCCCAGAAAUAUUUGAAAUUUAGAGGUCCGGAAUGGCCAUUUCCUGCAAUGUCAGGGUGAAAUUCAUGCAAAGAGAACAACAAAAUUGUUAUUAGAGGAAAAUUUUAAAAAGUUACAUUCUAAAAUGUCCAUAGGUUUGCUGUAAAUCGUUGGACUAUAUGGCAGAAUUAGCUAGAUAAGAACAUAGUCCGAUCGAUUUAUGAAACAAUUGUGGGUGUCUAGAUAAAAACAGCGAACUUGACACAAUGACAGUUUGUGGCAUAAACAACAAAAUACUGCCUUAUGCUGGACAUGGUCUUCCAUCAAAAUCCUUUCCACACUUCUCGCAAAAGUAGAUUUAGUAUACGUUUUCGUAUAAAAGUAUUAUCUUGCAGAGAGAAAGAUUCUCGAAAUUUGCUGCUUUAAACUAAAACCUACACUUGUUAAUGGAAGUUUUACCAAUAGGGAAAUACAGUUGUACGAAGGUACCUUAUCUAAAUAUAUUCAAUAUAGCAACACUUGAUGUACGUAAAAUAGUUUGAAUAUUUUUGGUUUUACAGAUGUCUAAGCUAGUUGUGAAAUUGGAUGAGAUGCACAGAAACUUGGGCAAGGAAAUAGACGAUCUACGCACAAGAACGGAAAAAGCCGAGAUACAGGGAACUACCAAUUCGUUGACACUGAAAAGACAUGCGACUCAGAUAGAUGACAUUGCUAAAAAAGUGAAGCGUACCAAUGAACUGUCCAGAUAUCACGUUAAAGAAGAGGAGAAAAUUCCCUAUGUUUUCACAGCACCUCCACGAAAUGGUUAUUUUGCUGGUCGAACAGAAGAAAUCCAGAAGCUUAAACGUAUUUUGGAGGUUGAGGAAACGUUGAGCGAAAAGAAAGUUCGCGUUACAGCAGUAUGUGGUUUGGGUGGAAUUGGGAAAACAAGCUUAGUUUCCGAGUAUGCUCAUCAGAUGAAGGAAUUUUACAAGGGUGGUGUUUUUUGGUUCUCUGCUGAAGAUGAUGCGCAUCUUAGCAAAACAGUGAACGCCGUCGCAGUAAAGAUUGGUGCAUUACUCAAUACAUUUGAAUUAACUUUGCCAAAUAUCCUGAGAAAAAUUAGCACCGUACAUGACCCAUGUUUGAUAGUCCUCGACUGCUUGGAUCAACUGGAUCUUACGUCUAAUAUGCUGGAAUUCCUUUCCUUUCCUUCAAAAGAGAAUUUCUUUGGGCAUUUUAUCGUGCUCACAAGACGAAACCCGAAACGACUUGUUAAUGACAUUUCAGUUUUUGAGGAGAAGUUUUGUCUUCAACUCGAAUGUUUGCAGUCUGAACACGCGAAGCAAUUUCUUUUUUCAAGAACUAAGGUAACACGUGAUGAAAAUGAAAAUGCUGAAAGUGUCGCAGAAUGUCUUUGUGAAAAGCUGGGGAGACUGCCACUUGCUUUGGAACAAGCAGGAGCAUAUAUUCAAAUGCUGGGUUGCAGUUUGUCUUCAUACCUUGAGCAAUAUGAGGCUCAACGCUUGCAACUGUUGAGUCUACAGGCGGCACGUCCUGUCUCACCUGGUAACGAGUCAUCUCAUCGUCUCGCCGUUCACACGACAUGGCGUAUCAAUAUAGAGUAUAUUGAGAAGAGCACGAAUGGUCAGGCUGCUGUUCGAUUUAUGAAUGCUUGUUCAUUUUUCGAUGAAAAUGAGAUCCAGAAAGAAUUGGUCAACGUUGGAGCACCCGAAGUGAAAGACGUCGCGUAUCGUAAAUGUGUGUCGUCGCCAUUAGGUUCCCGUCAGGUUCUAAAAUUGGUGACUGAUUUUUCACUUUUCACCCAUGUCGAAGCGGGCUGUGUCACCACGCAUCGUUUGGUUCAGGAACUAGUGUGGGAAAAUCUUGAUCCUAAAUCGAAAGCAGAGAGUUUCAUUGAUGCUGUGCGGAUGCUUUCUUUUGCAUUCUCUAAAUGUCCAUCACCCAGUAAUCACGUUAGUUUAGAUGAAAGGAAUGGCGAAGAACAAGACAUAUCUUUCUCUGGUUUACCAAAUAGUCCUUCUCACUUUUAUAUGUGGUCUAAGUUUUGUAUACAUGGCCAUCGUCUUCGUAGAAAUGUCGAAGAUUUGUUGCCAAGUCUUGACUCUGCUUGUCUAGACUCGGUGUGGUUUCCUGAAACAGCUAAAAUUCUUUACGAAUGUGCUGUUCAUUUGAGUGCAAAUCACCAGCAGGAAGAAGCAAAGCGCACUUUGAACUUUGCUUAUCGUAUAUUAGACUGGCUGCCUUUAGCAGGGUAUGAAACGGUUGAGAAGAAUGUUUAUGAUGAUUUCCUCUUUCCACUUCCAAUCCCUUUACCGGAACUAUUUCAGAGGAUGAUUCAACAAUUUUGCGUACCAACGUUUAUUUUACCUGAACCUCUUACUGAAAAACUUGCUCUUGAGGCUAGUGACCUUGCUCCUGAACCUAGUGACGUUGCCCUUGAUGCUAGUGACCUUGCUGCUGAUAGUAGUGACCUUGCUCCUGAUGUUAGUGACCUUGCUUCUGAUGCUAGUGACCUUGGUUUAAAUAAGAAGAUUGACAAAUUUGAAUUGGAUGGAAACAAGGCUUUUAAAGAAGGUUUCUUCAAAAAAGCAUUAGAUGCGUAUUCUUCUACAAUAAAUAUGGCUCAAGACUGCAAUAAACCUUUCGACCCCUUGUUGGUUACUCACCGUUACAUAAAAUUGGAGCAAUGCGAAAAUGCUUUAAAAGAUGCGAAUGAUUACAUAACGCGCCGUCCAUAUUGCUGGAGGGGUUAUGCUUUGAAAGCUGUGGUACUUGAUGGCUUGAAUAAGGCGAUCAGUGCCGACCUGAAUGAUAAAGCCAGUGCUGAAAUAGCAGCCGCUUUGGCUUUUUAUCACAAUAGGGGUAUUUUUACUGAUUUCCCUAUUUUCGUGGAAUCUUUUCCGGACUUGCAAAGCCGCAUUUUUAUAUGCGAUAGUGUGGAUGAACUGUUAGAUACGAUGUCUUCGCAGGAACUAGAAACGGGUUUGUUGAAUAUUUUGGUUUUGGGAUCAGAAGAAUAUAUCCUAGAUUAUUCUGAAACCGUUGGCAAACCUUGGAACAACUGUAUUCUAGUUGGUACAAGAAAAAAUUGUUCAGUUUCUUUGAAGUCAAACUGUGACAUUUCCGUGUUGAAAUGCAUGCUUACAAAUUUGUCAUUCAGUUUUAAUGAAAAUCGUUUGCAUUGUUUACCUGAUUCGUUCGUCAAGAUCCUUAACUGUAACUUUUCUGGACUUAUUAAAACUAGGGGGGUGUUCGAUGCAGAACAAUGCAGUUUUGCAAGUAGUCCACUGGUAUGUAGUAAAGAAAGUCGUGCAAUUGUUCAAGAUUGUUCGUUUUAUAACGCGGGAGUUGGGAUACGUGUGGAGAAAGGAGGGACGUUGGAAAUUCAAAACAGUCGCAUAUAUAAUAAUGCCCGUGAGGGGUUGGUUGUUUUUCAAUCAGAGUGCGUUGCAGUUAAUUGUGAUAUUCACGACAAUGGUCAGGAGGGGAUUAAUGUCUACGGGUCAGAAAAUGUGACACUGAAAGGCAAUAAUGUUUAUCACAAUAAUGGGGAUGGAAUACGUGUAGAAAAGUCUUUUGUGAAUGUCAAAGAGAACAAGUUGUCUGAUAACGGCAGCCGGGGAAUUUUGAGCGAGUACAAUCCAUCAUGCUCUAUAUUGAUGAAUAAAAUUUUUCGCAACAAAAGAGGGGGAGUUUCUCUACUAUGUAAUCCUGAAGGAUUUCCUUCACUUGUCGUCAAUCUGAAUAAAAUUUAUCGUAAUGGUGGUCCAGGGCUUCUGGUGAAUGAUGAAAUUAUUACCGUUGCAGAAUCGUGGUAUUUGAAGUCUCCCAAUUUUCAAUCUGCCGAAAUCGAGAAUAACGAAAUGCACCAUAACAAAGGAAAUAAAAAUGAUUGUGAGUUGAAUUUGUCCGUCCCAUAUUGCUCGUAUUGUCGUGUGAAGUGCAAACUGACAAUGUGCGAAAAGUGCUUUACCACUGCGUAUUGCAGCGAAUCUUGCCAAAAACAACAUUAUUCGAAGCAUAAGGAAGUUUGCAAAGUUUUACGUGAGAAGUCAAGCUAUUUGAUCACUUCCAUGCAAGAGGCUGACAAGAGGGACAUGGACGUUGACGAUCCAGAAAAAUAUUUUAGUCCAGAAGCAGAUGACAGUUCAGAAGAAGAUGACGAUUCGGAAGAAUAUUUAGGUCCAGAAGAAGUUCGUCCAAAGCUCGCUUCCUCACCGGGAGAUGAUCUGAGGUUUGUUGUAAAAGUGCACAAUGCAGGUCAACUUCCGACCCAGGAGACGUGCCCUAUCGUUCUGUACGACCGUAACCGUGAAUAUAGCGCGCAAUGUUAUUCCAGAGUUAUUCCACAACUUCUAAACGAGUUUGGUGUGCUAUGUAGAUCGCGCGAUUAUGAGAAAAAGCUUUUCUUUCACUGCCUUUGUGAAGACAACGGCCAGCUUCGACUAUUCACGAAUGAGUUUGCUGAAUUUCAAAACUGGUGA